CGAUUCGACGAGACCUAGUAGACUCUAAAAACGGGCUUGAAUGAGGCCCAUUAGAUAAAAAUGGGCUAGUUAUAGGGUAGGCCCACAAAUACUAGACUUCGUAUUUAUUCGUCGCCACUGAAAAGGUGUUAAGGUUUUCGCUGCGCUAUUCUAGAAGGGUUUGUUGGAAGAAGAUAAGAAGAAGAUGCCUGGCCCUGUUGUUGAAGAAGUUAAGAUUGAGGAAGCCAUCAAAGAGCAAAUGAAGCUCGAGAAGGAAGAUGAUGUUGUCGUUGAGGAUGUGAAAGACGGCGACGAAGACGUCGAUGACGAUGACAAUGACGAUGACAACGUCGAUGGAGCUGGUGACAAUGAGAGCUCUAAACAAAGCAGAAGCGAGAAGAAAAGCCGCAAAGCUAUGCUGAAACUUGGAAUGAAACCUGUCACUGAUGUUAGCAGAGUGACUAUCAAGAGAUCAAAGAAUGUUUUGUUUGUCAUCUCGAAGCCGGAUGUGUUCAAGAGUCCCAACUCUGAGACCUAUGUCAUCUUCGGUGAGGCCAAGAUUGAUGACAUGAGCUCUCAGCUACAAGCUCAAGCUGCUCAGAGGUUCAAGAUGCCGGACGUUGCUUCUAUGAUCCCCAACUCUGAUGCUUCUGAAGCAGCCGCGGUUGCACAAGAGGAGGACGAAGAUGAUGACGUUGAUGAGACUGGUGUUGAAGCCAAGGAUGUUGAGCUCGUGAUGACUCAGGCUGGUGUUUCGAAGGCCAAAGCCACUAAGGCUCUUAAAGCCAAUGAUGGAGAUAUUGUUUCCGCCAUCAUGGAACUCACUACUUAGGUUGUGUCGUAGAGACUCGCAGCUGUCCUCUUUUCAUAAAUUAAGCGUCUCAUUUCUCGAACAUUGUUUGUGUUUCGCCACUUUAAAGGCUAUUUUCUCUUCUAUAAACCAUAAACAAACUUGAUUCCAAAUCUAUAGCAUGAGACAUUCAUUUCUAA